CGGACCGUCUUCUCCGCUGCCCAAACCCCCCAUUUCACGAUGACCAUCCUCUCACGCAUCGCAAUAAAUUAGCUUCCGUCCGCUUUCAAGAUUCAUCGGUUCAAUUUCAAACCAUCCAAAAAUUUCCCCCCUCAUCUCCUCCUGCCAUGGAGUCUCUUGCCAUUAUUAUUCUAUUAUCCCUUCUGUGAUUCCUUCCAUCAUUUAACCCUCUUCUAUAUGCCUUCGAUGGCUCCCUUCGUCUUCUUCUUCUUCUCCAAUCCCGAUCUAUUGUCUUCCUCCGCAGACUUCUCUCAACCGACGCUUCCGUCCUCAGAAGAAGAGGGCCGUCCGUUCUCCGGCUUCGCCGCAGAACAGAUCUCUGCUUUUUGACAGCCGAAGGAUGCCGCCGAUGAUGGCGCAGCAUCAAUCAGAAGUUAGUCGAACCGAGCAGAUUAUCUCGCAGUUCUUUCUUAAGACCCUACAAGCCGUCCUCACCUCCAGAAUCCCCAAUCUAUCCGGUGGCGGUCGCGUGCGGCGGCGUGAUCGGUGGUUCAACCUUGCGAUCGACGAUCUCCCGCCCGCCCUAGAGAAUCUUGGGUUUUGGCACCAGGGCGUGAUGGAACCGAUGAUCGUCGACGUCAUUCUCUCGCCGCGCGAUGGCGUUGAAUCGGUGGCUGUCAUUGAGCGAUGGAUCGCGCAGUGCGAGAGUCCUCCGCCUUGGGGUGACGGCGCGUCGACGUUGCCGUCUUCGUCGGCGUCCUUCUACAGAAGGACAUACAAGAAGUCUAUCCUUCUGCUACGGUCUAUUUACUCCCUUCUCCGGUUUCUCCCCGCUUAUAGAGCUUUCAGAUUGUUGUCCUCGUCUAACCAGUCUUCAAACUACACUCUGAGCUAUAAGGUUUCGUCGAUCGCGGAGCCGUUUUCGCGAGAGGAAGAGAAGGGAUUCAAGCAGCAGGCAUUCCCGCCAGUUGAGAGCCAAUUGGGCUCUCUCUCCGUCUCGGUUCUCUAUCGACCGACUCUCGAGAAUUUUAAUUUAGAGGUUUCGUCCUUGUUGCCGCCUAUGAUAAUAGCGGACUAUGUUGGAAGCCCAGCUGCUGAUCCGAUGAGGGCUUUUCCUGCUUCUCCGUCGGAGAAGGGCAUUCGGCCGAUUUCUUUCCCCCUGCGCGGUGUGCGCCCGUCAGCGGCGCCGGCUUUCCAGCGGCCGCAUAGCUGGACCACCACGCCAAUGGCACAUCAUCCGCUACAUGCUUCUGUAGGUGCAGUCGCGGAGCAACGAGUGUCUCCACCUGAUUAUUUUGGGCAGCGAAUGGCAGCUCCUCGGCAAUUUGGUCACAAGAAGGGUAGCUUUAGCUUCGAGGAGCACCUACUCUCGCCUCCGUUCUCGGCAUCUCCUACUCCAUCUCCGCCUACCCAUGCAGCUAAUGCCUUUCCCGUCAGAUUGCGAUCGGAGACUGCUCCAGUUAGCAUACCGCAGUCGAUGGCGGGGAAGAACCACUUGUAUCGCACUCCUAACUAUUCGGAUCCGACUAGAAAUUUGCUGCCGCCGCCAUCACCAUCGCCUAGAAGUGCACGGGCUGAUGUGUAUUUGGAGGAGUCUCCUUCUGCGAGGUCUUUCAAGAAGUUGGACGCACUGAAGGCUGGGGAUCUUCAUUCGCUUCUAUAUACGGCUCCGAAGGUCCUUAAAGAUCCUAAAGAUGAUUCCGGGCGAUUCUCAAGUGUUCUUUCUUCUUGUGGUUCGCCAAGAUUUGCCUUCUCAAGGAGUUCAAGUAGAAAGUCAUUGCAAGAUGAUCUUGACGAUUUUGAUUUUUCUUGCCCUUUCGCUGUGGAUGAUGUUGAUACUUCUGAAUCUCAUAGCAGGUACUUUCUGAUCUCUCCUAAUUUGUUUCUUGGUUGCAAGUCAAAGGCAACACUUACUGAUGAUUUUAUGUUUCUCUGUCCUAAGAAAAAAUAUUUGCAUUGUAUUUUUCAUAAAUUUUUUGUUUGUUUGUAUGCCAUUAUUGUGUUACAUUUUUGGUGGAUAUGUUGCUUGUAUGAUGCUAUUAUUGACUUUAAUGACUGAACUUCAGUAUGGAUGAUUUGGAACAUCGCACCUUACAUUCGAAAAAAAAACCCUCAUGGUAUCAAAUAUAAAUCAUCUUUCUCUGCCC